GAAUCAAUCGAUUAAUUACGUAAUUACAGGUCACGAAAAUUCACUUCGUUCGUCUAUACGGUCUAUACGUCGGAUACAUACUGUCUCUCCGCUUACAGUUAUGCCAUAUCGAACUCAUUAUUGUUGCUGUUAAAUUAUAAGAGUAUCUUCACAUACAAUAUUAGCACUUUACUUUUCCAGAUAGAAAUGAUCACCAGUUACGACUCUACCAUGGCGUUUGAGCGUUCUGACAUUGAUUAGUGUGGUUUAUAUCUCUGCGUACGAAUUAACCGGUAUUAAAGAUGCCAUAAACAAGAAGGAGGUGAUCGAAAGAGUCAAUCCUGUAGUUGAUAAACUAGUCAGUCCUGUCCGGUCCUGUCGGUUCUGUCUAUUUAUGUUUAUACGUAUUCUGGAAUUAUGCUGCAGACGAUCUACUGCGCAUAAUCUUGGGAAAUUUCAACCGACAUUACACAUGUUUUCGGUGAUUAAUAUGAACGGAUUUUAAGUGACCGAUGAGUCGAUGAAAUAGAGAACUGGAUGCAAACCGUUAUGGUCAUUAUACAUACAUACAUACGUAAGUGAUCCGUUCGUCUAUGAAUGUUGCAUAUGUGUGCAGUCGGUCCAGUCGAUGGUGGAAGGUCGGCAAGUCAGAAUGUUUUUUAGUUAAUAAGUGUGCCUGUUUCGUCUUCCAUAGUAUCUAUUAAAAAUGACUGUUCAUAACCUAUACAUAUUUGACCGUUUUGGUACAAUGUUGUACUACUGUGAAUGGAACAGGCUAAAGCAAUCCGGAAUCACCAGAGAAGAGGAAGCCAAGCUGAUGUAUGGCAUGCUGUUUUCACUCAAGUCAUUUGUCAGUAAAAUAUCUCCCCUUGACACAAAGGAAGGAUUUUUAUACUACAAAACCAGUAAAUAUGCUUUACAUUACUUUGAGACACCAUCAGGUCUGAAGUUCAUCUUGAACACCGACGUGAAUGCUCAGAAUGUUAGAGAGCUCCUACAACAGAUUUACAGUCAAGUCUAUGUAGAAUACGUGGUAAAAAAUCCAGUGUGCAACAUGAAAGAGCCAAUUAAAAGUGAACUUUUUAGGAGUAAACUAGAUGCAUUUAUCAAACAAUCAAAUGUUUUUGUUUCCAGACCAAUGUAGUGUUCAUUCCCAUAAAACAUUCCAGUUGUAGCUUGUGUAAAUUAUUAAAACACUUAAGUACAAUCAGGAUAUUCACUGUUUGAGUAAAAUAAAGUUUUGAAUGAAAGUUAUGUACAGAAAUGAUUUAUUCUUAAAUUAUGCAAACAUUGCAAGAUCAAUACAAACCUAUCUCAACAAGCAAACUGGGGAAGAAACUACGAUAUUGCUUUUUAAACAAAUGCAAUGUUACGGAUGCUGGCUGAUCUAUUUUUAAAAUCAAAAUCACUCACAGUUUUAAGACAAACAGUCUGUUUUGUUCUGUCAGGACAUGGUUGGAGAUUCACAAAAAGAUGUACAACUCGAGUAAGACACAGGUGUGGUGUUUCUUUGAACACUGUUGAACAAUCCAUUGUCGCUGUACAACAUUUUGCCAUUCCCGCAAGUUCAUUCUCUCCAGUCAUACUUAGUACAAUUAUAUAUGAAGAUACAUUUCUCGAAUUUUACAACAGUUGGUAUUCAACAUGUGACAGAAAGCAUCUUUCGGUCAUCAUCUGGUACUUACUCUAUGGUUACACAGACAUAUCAAGUUAGAGUUGCAAGUACUGUGCACAUGAACCAUCAAAAAAAUUAAAAUGAUACUGACCUGAACAUAAGUUUAUUAUCUAGGAUAAAGAAAUGGGACACUGAUCAGAAAGAAGUGUAUAAUCUAUGGAAGAUAUAUUUUUUUAAAUUUUAUUUAUUUAAAAAGGGCACUUCAUUAUUUUUAAACCCAAAGUUUCUGUUUGCCAAAACUUGCCAUUCCAUGUGUAGAUUUUGUGUACAUAAACACACCCCAAACAUAAAUCUGGAUACAGCACACACUACACAAUUGACCAACUGAUAACUAUAGUUAUACUUCUAUUCAGGAAGAAACUGCAACAUAUGGAAGUUGCAUUUCACUCUGUAGAAGUUCUGUUUAAUAAUUCCUUCUUUCUGAAUAGCACUGGAUUGAGUCUUAAUCUUCGGAAAACCAAGAUUAUGCACUAAUGUACUGAAUAUGAUGAAUGAGUGUUAUGUUUUAUAUAAAAACAAAACAUUCACUCUGUGCCAUGACUACCAUGGUCAGGAAACCACAAACAUGAUGGCAGUAUUUUCCAUAUUCUAAGUACAAGAGUAUUACAGUUUCACUCACACAGUCCAAACCCACUUUUAUCUACUCAAGUUCAUUCAUCUGAGCAUCAAACCACAGAAUUAACUUACAAGCACAACCAUUAUGACUGAGCUAUUGAAAUUUACCUUUGUUCUUUCACUGGCCAAUGUGUAAGAAGAAAAUAUUGCUCACUUACACAACACGCAUCAAUGUUAAGACCAUGUAGGAAAUUUUGUCUCAAUUUCAGAGCAUUUUCACUGCAAGAUUCUCAAAUAAGCUAUGAAAA